CUCCCCUUUAUAACGGACACUCAACAGCGACCAAUGGCGUACAAUAUAAUAGUAUACAUCCCAAAAUGCCUACAACAGUCAUCCUCGGAGCAGGCAUCAUCGGCCUCUCGACGGCGUACUACCUCUCAUCCCAGUCGCCCUCCGAAACCAUCCACCUCGUCGAGUCGUCCCCGGCGCUCUUCGCAAGCGCCUCGGGCAAGGCAGCGGGCUUCCUCGCGCGCGACUGGUUCCCCGCGGCCUCGUCUGCACUCGGCGCCCUUUCCUUCGAUCUGCACAAGAAAUUAGCGGAGGAGCAUAAUGGGAAGGAGAAGUGGGGGUGGGGCCCGAGCGUGAGCUAUUCGCUGGACAGCACGAAGGGUACGGAGAAGGGAGAGGACUGGCUGUUGGCGGGCGCGAGCCGCGCGAGCGUGGUCGCGGAGACGAGGGAUGGGGAUGUCCGCCCGAAGUGGUUGACGAAUACAGGGGCGCUGCGGAAGCUGUCGGACAGCGAUACUACAGGCAUAGUGGACCCGCUCCGGCUAUGCGAGUGGCUGCUCGAGCAAUGCAAGUCCCGCUGCGUGCGGCUGCACCACCCCGCCAAGGCCACCAAAGUCCUCACGACCGACUCUUCCCUCUCGGGCAUCCAGGUCACAUACUCCGACACCGGCACUACGUCCGAGAUCCCCUGCGACGCCCUCGUCAUUUCCGCGGGCGCGUGGACAACGCUCGUCUACCGCACGCUCUUCCCCGCCGCCCCGCGCGCGCCGCACAUCUCCUCGCUCGCGGGGCACUCGCUCGUAUUCAAGUCCCCGCACUGGACAGGGGCCGACGAGGCAGAGGGCGGGGGCGUGUGCCACGCGGUGUUCACGACGCACCCCGGGGGGUUCUCGCCCGAGAUCUUCAGCCGGGUCGGCGGGCACAUCUGGCUCGGCGGGCUGAACGACGCGCACCUCGAUGUGCCGGAGCUCGCGACGGACGUGAAGACGGACGAGAAGAGCACGGAGACGCUGCGGGAGGUCGGGCGGUGGUUGUGCGGGGACGAGCUGGAGGUGAUACGGGAGGGCCUGUGUCAUCGCCCCGUGACGCGCACGGGGGUGCCUCUCGUCGCACGAGUCCCGGAAGGGGAUUUGGGCGGCGUGAAGGGGAGGGGGAGGGUGUAUGUUGCUAGCGGGCAUGGGCCGUGGGGGAUUAGUUUGAGUCUGGGGACUGGACUGGUGGUGAGCGAGAUGGUGCUUGGGAUGAAGACAAGCGCAGAUAUCAGCGCCCUGGCUAGAUUCUGA